AUGAGCAUACAAAACAGCUCUAACUCCAAGAGUUUACCUGCUUUACAUGGUGUUAAGAUCAAAACAAGAAAAGGCCUGCAAAAAGCCCAGGCGAAAUUUGAGCCAGCAAUAUUUCGUGAUAGUAUUUUAAAAGUACUCCAAAACGCACAACCUGGUGAUUUUGAUGAGAUUUCGCAGAAUUUAGAUAGCGCGGGUAAUAAUCUUGAUUAUCAUAAAUACGGCGAAACUUUAUUUGAAAUUCUCUUUACUGGUGGUUUAUUGGCUCCUGGAGGAACAUUCAUAGAUGGCGCAGAACGUAGUCCAUUUUCUAUUUUCGCGGCGGAGGAUAAUACGGAAAGCAUCAAAAAACAUGUUGAAGUUUUCAAUAAGUUGAUCCGUCGUUACAAGUAUUUGCAACGAAGUUUUGAAGAUACAAUCAAGAAUUUGCUUCAAUAUGUGAACAAAUGGGGUACCGAGGAAAACAAUAAACUUGCCACCGCAGUUGGUUUGUUUGCCGCUGCGCAAUACGUGAAUAUUAACGUUUUGACAGUUUUGUUCAAGGAACAUCUGGUCAAAGAAGGCCUCUCGCUCCGAUUUGUCACGACUGUAUUUAAAGCCUAUUUGAACGAACAGACGAUCGAUCAUUUGGGCAACUCUUUGAAAAAAGCGGGCAUGGACAAUAAACUUUUGGAAUUUUUCCCACCGAACAAACGGGAUGAAGAGUAUUUUGCUCGUUAUUUCGAAGCUGAGGAUAUGAAACCUCUUGUCGCAUAUCAUAAUCAGAAGCAGAAAAACACCAAGAAGGAUCGAACAAUCGCUCAAGUGAAGAAAAUGAUUGAUGCUGAGAGUACCCCUAUGGAGGUUGUUACCUACCUCAAACAACAGCAAAAGGAAGGAGGAUGGCAAGAAACGGAUUUUUGUCAAAUAGUCUGGGAAUCUGUGAUUCAAGCAGUUGAUUGGGGAACUCGACCUGAACAGAUUGAAACGCAAGCAUUGCGUCAAGUCAAAACAUGGUCAAAAGUUUUAGCAGCAUUUUGCACCAGUCCGAAAACCGAACUCGCACUUAUUCAAAAAGUCCAAGUUUACUGUUAUGAAGAUACAAAAUUGAUGAAACAUUUCCGUCAAAUCAUUCAACUUUUGUAUAACGAAGACGUUGUCUCCGAAAGUGCCAUCUUGUAUUGGGCAGAUAAAGGUGCUAAGAAUCAAGGGAAAACUGUAUUUCUUAAGCAGGUGGAAUCUUUCAUCAAUUGGUUAAAAACUACCGAAAGCGAUGACAGUGAAGAAGAAUAA